AUUUCUUCAUCUGAUCUGCUUUGUGAAUCAGAUCCUGACAGUGAACAGAUACUGGCCACAAAGCAGAGGCAGAACUCUGCUGUCUGACCAUCUAACAAGGUUCUGCUUCUAAGGAUGGAUCCCAUUGAUGUUGGUCUGCAGGAGGUUCUAGAGGAACAUAAGAUCAGUCUGAGGAGGAGAUGUGAACGUGUGACUGAAGGAAGUGAUGAACCAGGAAGUAGAACCCUCCUCAACAGGAUCUACACUGAUCUCUACAUCACAGAGGGACAGAGUGAAGAGGUUAAUACCCAACAUGAGGUGAAGCAGCUGGAGAGAGCUUCCAGGAUCCAGAACCUCCAUGACUCUCCAAUCAGGUGCCACGACAUCUUUAAAGCCUUACCUGACCAACAUGGAGCCAUCAGAGUGGUUCUGACCAACGGCGUCGCUGGUGUUGGAAAAACCUUCUCAGUGCAGAAGUUCACUCUGGACUGGGCCGAGGGCUUGGAGAACCAAGAUGUCCGUGUGGUGGUUCUGCUGUCGUUCAGGGAGCUGAACCUGAUCAGAGGUGAGCAGCACAGUCUUCUCACGCUGCUCCAUGUUUUCCAUCCAACCCUCCAGAAGCUCCCAGCAGAGCAGCUGGCUGCCCACAAACUUCUCUUCAUCUUUGACGGCCUGGAUGAAAGCAGACUUUCUCUGGACUUCAACCACAGUCGGCUUGUUUCUGACGUCACACAGAAGUCAUCAGUCGACGUUCUGCUGACAAACCUCAUCAAGGGGAACCUGCUUCCCUCGGCUCUGGUCUGGAUCACCUCCAGACCUGCAGCGGCCAAUCAGAUCCCUCCUUCAUGUGUUGCCAGGGUAACAGAGGUACGAGGCUUCACCGACGCCCAGAAGGAGGAGUACUUCAGGAGGAGGUUCAGUGAUGAAGAGCUGUCCAGCAGAAUCAUCUCCAACAUCAAGACCUCCAGGAGCCUCCACAUCAUGUGUGGAAUCCCAGUCUUCUGCUGGAUCACUGCUACGGUUCUGGAGAACAUGUUGACCACAGAGCAGAGAGGAGAGCUGCCCAAGACCAUGACUGACAUGUACUCUCACUUCCUGCUGGUCCAGACCAGGAGGAAGAAGAACAAGUACCAUGGAGGACAUUGGAGGAGACAUGAGAGGAGUCCACAGGAGCUGAUGGAGGCUGACAGGGAAGUUCUCCUGAAGCUGGGGAGGCUGGCGUUAGAACAUCUGGAGAAAGGAAACAUCAUGUUCUACCAAGAAGACCUGGAGCAGUGUGGUCUGGAUGUCACAGAGGCCUCGGUGUACUCAGGAGUUUGUACAGAGAUCUUCAAGAGAGAGAGUGUGAUGUUCCAGAAAGCAGUCUACUGCUUUGUUCAUCUGAGCAUUCAGGAGUUUUUGGCUGCAGUCUACAUGUUCCACUGCUUCACCAGCAGGAACAGAGAGGUGAUGGGGAACUUCCUGGAGGGAUACUAUAGUUACUCUCUGAAGGACUUCCUGAAGAAAAUCAUGGAGAAAUCCCUCAAAAGUAAAAAUGGCCACCUGGACCUGUUUGCACGCUUCCUUCAUGGCCUCUCUGUGGAGUCCAACCAGAGACUCUUAGGAGGCCUGCUGGGUCAGACAGAGAACAGUCCAAAAACCAUCCAGAGAGUCAUCAACAACCUGAAGGAGAUGAACACUAAUUAUAUCUCUCCAGACAGAAGCAUCAACAUCUUCCACUGUCUGAUGGAGAUGAAGGACCUCUCAGUUUAUCAGGAGAUCCAACAGUUCCUGAAAUCAGAGAACAGAUCAGAGAAGCUCUCAGAGAUCCAGUGCUCAGCUCUGGCCUUCAUGCUGCAGAUGUCAGAGGAGGUUCUGGAUGAGUUGGACCUGGAGAAGUACAACACAACAACAUCAGGACGACUGAGACUGAUUCCAGCUGUGAGGAACUGCAGAAAGGCUCGCUUCCUCCUCAAGCCACCUUCAACCUGCUCCUCUUUCUGCAUCUCUUUUGUCUAAUCUACCUGCUCCAUCCUGUUCUGGUCUCCUACAUCUGGGGUCCCCACAGUGGAUCAUUUCAUGUGGAGUGAGGGAAGUGAUGUUAGAAACCAUCACAGGUUUGACAUCAGUGACCUUGGCUGAGUUAAAGGAGGGAACAAGGCUUCACUCUCUGCUGAUCUCACUGCUCUGCAGCUUUCAGAUCUCCAGAGUUGAUCACGUCUGUGGAGAUAAGUUAUGACAUUAUUAUAGCAACAUAAGAGCUUUAUAAUAUUUAUAUUCAUCAGUGAUUUAUAUAACCCUUUGCAUGACUAAUAAAGAGGACCAAAGUGCUUUACAAUAAAACAUACUGAAAUGAACAAAGUGAAGCAUAAAA